UGAAACUGGAAACACUUAACAGUUUUCAGAAGUUUUACAAGAGAAGUACUUAAAACUACGUGUUUUAGUGAGCAUGACAAGUUAUACCGAUAAGGGACCUAAGCCAACUAACGGAAAAUUCCUUUGUUUUGACCAUCUAACUUUCUACGUAGGCAACGCCAAACAGGCCGCUAGUUAUUACAUCACUCGACUUGGAUUUGAACCUGUAGCUUAUAAAGGAUUAGAAACUGGAAGUAGGAAAUAUGCUGCCCACGUGGUUCGUCAAAAUCAGAUCCACUUUGUCUUCGUCUCCACAUAUCAGCCAGAUGACCACGAAUUUGGUCACCACAUCGCCAAACACGGAGACGGGGUGAAAGACAUCGCCUUCGCCGUUGAAAACUUGGAUAAUAUUGUGCGUAUUGCCAAAGAGCGUGGAGCCAAAGUUGUUAGGGACAUAUGGGAAGAGUCCGACUUUAAUGGAACCGUGAGAUUUGCCACUAUCCAAACGUAUGGAGACACUACCCACACGUUCGUUGACCGAAGUCUGUACCGUGGUACGUUUCUGCCAGGUUUUUCUAAAUGCGACCAAGAUGUUUUAGCCAAGAAUUUGCUACCAGGAAAGUUGGACUUCAUCGACCACGUGGUGGGCAAUCAACCGGACAACGAGAUGGAAUCCGUUGCGAAAUGGUACGAGAACGUGUUACAAUUCCACCGAUUCUGGUCGGUUGACGAUACUCAGUUGCACACCGAGUAUUCAGCCCUCAGGUCCAUUGUAAUGAGCAACUGGGAAGAAAAUGUGAAGUUGCCAAUUAAUGAACCAGCACCGGGAAAAAAGAAGAGUCAAAUUGAGGAAUAUGUUGAGUACUACGGAGGUGCUGGGGUACAGCAUAUUGCGCUUAACACCCAAGACAUCAUUGCUUCAGUAAAUAAUUUGAAAUCCAGAGGAGUCGAGUUUUUACAGGUCCCUGAUAGUUACUACGACAUUCUUAGAGAAAACCUCAAACACAGUAAAGUUAAGAUUGCUGAAGAGUUGGACAUUCUUCAAAAAUUGAAGAUCUUAAUCGAUUAUGACGAAAACGGGUACUUGCUGCAAAUAUUUACUAAAAAUAUGCAAGACAGGCCUACACUGUUUUUGGAAGUGAUCCAAAGAAGGAAUCAUAAUGGUUUUGGGGCAGGAAAUUUUAAAGCCUUGUUUGAAGCCAUUGAAAUUGAACAAGCCAAAAGGGGCAACUUAUAGAUUAUUUUUUAAUAUAAGGAAAAUAAACCUAUUUUAAAAAUCA